AUGCAAACCAGUUCAAUAUCUCAGGGCUCUUUUAUUUUUACUCCUAAAAAUUUUGAUUUGUCCAAAACACGAAAAAAAAGGAAAAGAUCUUCCAGCAAAGAAACUAAAGAUAAUUGGGAAGAGGCUUUUGAUAAUGUAUGGAAUACCGUUUAUAAAGAAAUAAAAGAAGUUAACGAAAGCUUAUUUAAAAAUAUUUUAGAGGAUAUUAUAAAGCAUAUUAAAAAUAUUGAUAGUAAAAAUGAAAACGAUAAACUUGAACAUGGAAUACUACCAUGUGAAAUAUUAAUUACAGGAACUAAUUUGCCUGAUCACAACCUAUUAGUUUCUGCUUUGUGUGACGAUAUGAAAAAAGUCACACCAUAUAUAUCAGUAUUGUGGUCAGUAAAUUGUGGAAACAUUAAAAAUACUAUCUCUACAUUAGCUCAACAAAUAAUUUCAACAGAUACUAUAAAAAAACAUGAUAUAAAUAAUUGUGAAGCAGAAGAUGAAAAUCUAAAUGAUGAUAAAAAUGAUGGGUCUGAAAUAUCUUUACAAAGUUCGCAAUAUAAUUUGUCUACUCUUACUGCUUGGUAUGUGUACCAAUCGAAAAAUUUAAAAUCCAAUCCUCCAGUAGUUAUAUUUUUACCAGAUUUUGAAAGUUUUUCAUCAAAAGUGCUCUCUGAAUUUAUUCCAUUAUUAAGCUCGUAUUCGAGUCAGACUCCAUUUAUUUUAAUUUUCGGUGUUGCUACCACUCCAGGAGCUGUCUAUCAGUCUCUCAAUCACAGUGUUUUAUCAUUAUUAUCAGUUCAAAUAUUUAAAUCAGAAUCUUCAAUGUGUUUUUUAAAUCAAAUCAUUGAAAAAAUUCUUUUCUCCACAAAAUGUCCAUUUAGAUUAAGCAGUAGGUGUAUGACGUUUUUAAUAGAUAUUUUUUUGUUUCAUUCUUUUUCAGUGCAAGGAUUUAUACAAGGAUUUAAGUUUUGUAUGAUGGAACAUUUUUAUGAUAAAAGUCAUUUUACAUUGUGUUGUUCACCUGAAAAUUUAGAAAAAAAUGUUGAAAAAUUGAGUGAUCAAGAUGUAGAAAAUAUGAGGAGGAUACCAUCUUUUCAAAGAUUUGUCGAAAAAAGCACUAAAGAAGACAGACAUUUAUUAUUGUUAAAUAAUGAACAUUCGAAGAAAGUUAUUAAAAACAUGAUAAAGGAUGUACAGGAACACAUCAGUAAUUUUCACGUGGCUUUAAAAUGUCUCUAUAUUUUAACACAAGAUUUACCACAAUAUCCUUUGGGAAGACAUUUGAGGGAAUAUUAUUGUCAAGCCAUUUCGAAAGAUAUAAAAGAAUGUGUCGAAUAUAAAGAAUGCAUAAAAGCAUUAUCAUUUCAAACGAAAAAAGAACUUUGGACCAAAAUCUCAUUGAUAAUUGAUUUCCUAAAAUUAAACUCUCUUAUAGAUAUUUUAACAUCGGAUAAUGUCACAAAAUUUGAGGAAAUUGUAAAACAAUUAGAAAAUUUCAAGGAUAAAUUUAAUGAAAACUCGAAUGCUGCUGAAGAUUCAUCUGAUUUUGAAAGUACAAGAAAAUCAUUUUUAGAUUAUGUGGAAGAAAAUGUAUUACUAAAAAUGCUUUCACCUGUAAAUUUACUUCCACUUCAUGAAAUAAUUUUGUUUGAUGAUUUACCUUCGAUUAGAAGAAGAAUUUCUGGGUCUCCUCGCGGAGCUGUGCAUUUAGCAUUAAAUAAUCCUCAUUAUUAUUUGGAUUGCAAGUGUUGCGUUCUUCCUCAGCCUGAACUUGUAUUGCCUACUUUACCUGAUUUAUCAAUCGUUUAUAAACUUCAUUUAGAAUUUGGUAAAAUUAUCAACUUGUACGAUUGGCUACAGGCUUUUGCUGCAUGUAUAAAACCAGAGUCAUCUGAAACUGAAACUGAUGUUGAUGAUGUCAUACAAGCUCGUUUUAUUAGAGCAGUUUCUGAGCUUCAAUUUUUGGGUUUCAUAAAACCGAGCAGGUCAAAAUCAGAUCAUGUACAUCGUUUAACUUGGGGAAAUAUAUAA